AUGGCUCCCAAGAAGGAGCCAUCGAAGUUGGACUGGGCGCAGCGCCGGAACUCCGGCGACGGGCGGAGGGAAGCGCUGGAUUUCUCGGAGAUACCGAAAGGGGUGCUGCACUUUGAGGAGGUGGACUUCUCCUUCAACGGGCUCACCUCCCAUGAGCUGCCGCAGGUGCUGGAGGUGUGCAUGCGCUGCCCCCGGCUCCGUGUGCUCAAGCUCUUCAAGAAUUCCAUCGACGACUCCGGGGCGUUGGGCCUCGCGGAGCUGUGCCGCUACUGCCCCACCCUCGAGGAGAUCCACCUCUCCCACAACAUGUUCACCGCCUCCGGCGCCAGCAGCAUCAUCACAGCAGCUGAGAGCUCCCGCCGGGAGGACCAGGUGCCCCUGUGGCUGCGUUUGGAGCAGAACCACAUCGAGGAUGCCGAGGCGGUCUUCAAGAGACUACAAGCAGAGCACAGCGUGUGCCGGCGGAUAGACCCGAAGGCCUGCACGGCCCGGGUUUGCGCACGGAAGUGCCGGGUGCAUUUGCCCCACUUCUGCCUGCAACGACUCAACGCCGUGGAGUCCAAUCAGGAUAUGCCGGCCAGGAGGGAUUCCCCGAAUCUGCCGCGGCAAAUGCUGCGGCAGUUUCGGGAUGACUUGGACCGCCAGAAGGGGAAGUCCAAGGGAAAGGCCGGGAAAAGCGAAGCAGCCCAUGUCGCCGCGAAGGAGGCCUCGGCGCCCAAACCGCGGGAGAGUCGGAAGCCGCAGGUCCAGGUGCAUCAGCUUUUGGAUGUCGAAGGAUCUCAGGAGUUCGUGUGCUACCUCUGCCGGGGCGUGGUGCACUACCCGACGCUCACCAGGUGUUCCCAUCUCUUUUGCAGCCCCUGCUUCCAGUCCUGGGUGGUGGAGAAGGUGAGUGAGCACUCCAGCGGCCCAGAGGCCACCGAGUCGAUGCAGGCCAUGCCCUGCCCCGUGUGCGACAAGGCCCUGAAGAAGGCGGACGUGGUCCCCCUGCAUCGCGCCAAGCACCCGGCGGCUGCGGUGAUGCAGCGGAGGUGGCAGGCCAUUCGGAUCAAGUGCGCCUUCCACCCGGAGCUCGCGGACUUCGGCGAGACCUGCGAUUGGCAGGGAGACUUGCCGCAGUACGCGGCGCAUUGCAAGGUGUGCCCCGUCGGCUCCAAGAUGAGGCCAUCCAGCCGGGCGAUGUCGAUGCCUGUUCCCACCAAGGGAAACGGCGACAGAAGUGCCUUCAGCGAAGAUGACGUGUGCGUCGUGAAGUACGACUUUGAGGGCGAGGAUCCGAAGAUGCUGCGAGUGGCUGCCCAUGACAUUGUCAAGAUCUAUCGGACCGUCCCCUCCGGCUGGGCCGGGGGGAUCCUAUUGGACAAGUCCAUGGAGGAGGUUGGGCUGCCUGGCUGGCUACCCAUCAACUACCUGGAGCUCUACCAGAGCUAA